AUUGAUCACCACGGGGCGCCAGAAGCAAGCAAUCUGCGACAGGGAUGCAGCCUGAUUUGCGGAGUAAAGUGCCUGGCUGAGCCAGCUGACCGGAUCUACUCCCUCCCUCCCCUCUGCACUACAGCCGCCGAUUUCAUCCACUCUCGGGCAUUCAACGCUCUUGUCCUCGCCCCUCUCUCUUCUGUCUGUCUGUCAGUCUGUCUGCUCAUCAACCUUCCUUUCCUCGUGCUGUCCACCAGUCCGCCUAUCCAGAUAUCCCCCUGAGCACAUGGCGCCGCACAACGCGCCGGGUCCAUGUCGCACACUUCAUCACCAGCAUAGCAUGUGCGCCAGACAUUGACGUGCACGGUACAUGACCACCAUCACCACCACCACCACCAGUGUGCUGCUGUGUGGAAAUGGUCCAGGUCGUCGACGUUGAGCCCAGCUCGCCCACAUCACACGAGCUGCUGCCCGCGUGGGGGCAGGACACGGUCGAGGGCAGCCUCCGCAAGGGUCUCUGCCUCGCCCCGUCUGCCAUCCCGCGAUGUGCCAUCUCAAGCAGUAUCAGCCUGGAUGACCUCCUGGGGAACAACAGCAACAGCAGCAGCAGUUUCGGCCCGCUCGGCGGCUACGAUAGCUCUACGGAUGGCACGCCCACGCCAGCGGCCUCCUCGGUGGACGACUUCUUCUUCACCUGGGCGCCUCACGAGGGCAUGCACUUUGACUUUCCGGAGCCAGCAACACAAACAACUCGCCAGGAACCAAAACGCUGGAAACGGAUCCGGCACGGCCAGGACGUCGACGGCCCCAACACGGCCUCGCUGAGCUGUAAGAAGCGUCGCUUGCGCACUGAGCUCAUCACCAGCCGCCUGUCGCAACCUUACUCGUUGCCCGCGACGCAUAUCCUCAACAGGGAGGGUGCCAAGCAGGGAGACAAGCGCUUCGCCAAGAUUGCCACCUCGUAUGAUGUCGCGAGACGAGCCGCGCACUUGCACGCCACCUCGUUUCUACGGUUCUCGGUCAUGAACCGCCUCCGGCGAAGGCUCGGGCUGGGCCACCCCGGCCAGCGCGUGCAGGUCGAGGAGGACGCCCGAGAAAGCACAUGGUCCAAGGCGCCCUGGCAGUCUUCGACUUGGCCCACCGUGUCCGCCGGGGCAAAGCAUCUACGCUCGUCUCGAGAGGCCCUCAUCGCCUCCUCCGCGCGCGCCAUGGGCCACGCUUCCUUUAAGGUGCAGACGUUGCUGUCGCAGCCGGCCGCGCUUCCCCUGCCAACGUGCGACCUCGCCGCCGCACGCAAGAGGACGUCGCCACGCAUCCAUCCUGUCCGGUCGCCCGAGCUUCACCCCGAGCGCAGCAGCGGGUAUUACGACGAGCUGGACGACGACGGGUUUUCCUACCUGCACUGCGACGACGGCGCAGGUCUGAGCGAGGAUCCGGAGCAGGUGUACUCGGACUUUGGCGUCAUCUUUGGCAACGGCACCUCGACGGCGGCGGCAGAGGAGGAUCAUUCGUACGAGGAGUAUCUGGAUGAGCUCGACGGCAUAUCGUGGGUGACGAUCUAGGGGGAGAAAAAAAGGGGGUUGCGAGAGAAAGCCUGCUGUUUGUAGUCAUCAACUGGGACGGGCGUCGGUGCAUAUUGGCAUGAUAAGGUACUGGAGUAUGGUUUCGCUGUUUGAUCAGAGAUACCCGUC